CUCCUCGGCACUGAAGAAACAGCGGCCCACCUUCCGGGCCACCUGGACGUCCCCUCCCCUUGUCCGCGACGGACUGCGCACCCGUCCGGCCUCUUCCGGAGGACCGGGCACGCGGCACCGGAAGUGGGUGGGGUGACAUGAAAGUGUUUCCGGCAGCGCCCGGCGGCCGCAUUCCCGUGCGGAUGUGCAGGUGAAGAGGGGCCCGGUUCUUCCCGGCCCCGCCGAGGCGGCGACUGAGGGGGUGGACGGAGUGUCGGACGCGCGGGCUGGCCGCUGUCCCUUAGACUUGCCCCGGCUCAGAAUGAACUAUAUGCCUGGCACCGCCAGCCUCAUCGAGGACAUCGACAAAAAGCACUUGGUCCUACUUCGAGAUGGAAGGACACUUAUAGGCUUUUUAAGAAGCAUUGAUCAGUUUGCUAACUUAGUGCUACAUCAGACUGUGGAGCGUAUUCACGUGGGCAAAAAGUAUGGUGAUAUUCCUCGAGGGAUUUUUGUGGUCAGAGGAGAAAAUGUGGUCCUACUAGGAGAAAUAGACUUGGAAAAGGAGAGUGAUACACCCCUCCAGCAAGUGUCUAUUGAAGAGAUCCUAGAAGAACAAAGGGCGGAACAGCAGACCAAACUGGAAGCAGAGAAGCUGAAAGUUCGGGCCCUUAAAGAUCGGGGUCUCUCUAUUCCUCGAGCAGAUACUCUAGAUGAGUACUGAGUCCUUUGCUCAGAUGCUCUUGUCUCGGAGAGAGGGACUGUCACUGAAUGGAAGUGACAUCCUCACCUCACACAUUUGACCAGAGACUGAAGUUAAAGAGCUAUUUUUAUUUUUAAUUCUUGCACAUAUGUCAGCAUAAAAAAAAAUCAUGGGAUUUUUUUUUUCUUUUUAACAAAAUCAUUGUAGAUUUUGUUUUUACUCCUGUUUUUGAAACAAUCUAUGUAACCCUGACUGGCUUGGAACUCACUCUAUAGACCAGAUUGAACUUGAACUUGCCAUGAUCCUGCCUCUGCCUCCCAAGUGCUGGGAUUACUGGUGUGUGCUGCCGCACCAGCUUCCUAGUUUGAAGAAACAGUGGCAUGAACUCCUUCCACACAUACAUCACUGCAGAGCCAGUGGUUUUCUUACAUUGCUUUAGAGUUUACAGGGGACAUUAUUUCAUUUACUUGUAAAUAAAAGAUGAAUCUCG